CUAAAAACCCAUUCUGUGGUUUUUUCAAAGAUCAACCAUGAAAGGUCGAGCUGUGACGGAAGUGGGGAGACAGGCUGUUAACAAGAGCAGAAGACCCAGUUUGGGAACCCAGAACACAAUCAGCGUGAGCCCCAGCUUGACAGCGAGGAAGAACUUCUGUCCUGAGGGGUGCACCGGCAGAGACCAUCAAAGUCAACCUUUACGGGAAAUUCCUGGGGCUGCCAACAACACACAAAUCCUGAUGGCCCCUGGCCAAAGCUGCUGGGCCCUGGCUGUCCUGCUGGCAAUCGUGAACUUCCAACAUGGUGGAUGUAUUCAUGUCACCAGCUCAGCAUCGCAGAAAGGAGGGCGACUGGACUUUACCUGUACUUUGUGGCAUAAGAAAGGUGAAGCUGAUGGGCUAAUACUCUUCUGGUGCAAAGACAGGUCUUGGAACUGUUCCCCUGAGACCAGCUUAAAACAGCUAAUGAUUAGAAGGGACCCUGGAACAGAUGACAUCACUGAAAUGUCAUCUCAGUUGGUGUUGACUAUAGAACAAGCUACACCAUCAGACAGUGGAACCUACCAGUGCUGUGCCAGAAGCCGGAAGCCAGAAAUCUACAUUCAUGGCCAUUUUCUUUCUGUUCAAGUCCCAGGGAACCACACAGAGAUGAGUCAGAGACAAAGGUCACAUCCUGACUUCAGCCAUAUCAACGGCACUCUCAGUUCAGGCUUCCUGCAAGUAAAGGCUUGGGGGAUGCUGGUCACCAGCCUGGUGGCCUUUCAAGUUCUAUAAACCCUGUGACAACGAGAAAAACAAACCUUCAGAGGAAGGUACAGUGAGUAAAUCUGACAAUCACACAGAGAAGACUGGUCCAUAGGACGACGCUAAGCACUCCAAGCACCUGCAGGGUCAGCCAGAGGGCCCGCGCACCCACACUCUGGAGGGACAGCACUGCUUCCACAGCCUGUCCUCUGCACUCCACUGGAGAGCCGUGCCUCCAGCCCAGGCAACAAUAACACCCCAAGCGUCUGGCAGAGCAGGUGGUAUACUUCUGCAUCUCUUUUCUGACCGCCAUAACAAGGCUGGCUCCUCCCACCUCGGAGUCAAUAAAGAAAACAUUCUG